GAACAAUAUCAAAGGCCAAAAUUCCAUUACACCAGCGAUUCCCACAAGUCACAGUGCAGAAAUGUUAUUGCGAGAUCAAGCGAGUAUCAAGCUCUUGGCCUCUUGCAGCUGAAAUCAUCUUAUCAUUUAUUUCUCACGUGCUGCAAUGUCUUCCUUUGGCAGCUCCUUGAUCAACAAGGGCCGAAAAGUUGUGCCAAAGGCAGCAGGCCGCCGUCGUCCCGGAGCUCCUCCAAGUACUGCAGCGACAGCCGUAGUCCCGACUCAGGACUCUGCAUCGGUAGCAUCGGGAAGAUCUAGUGCAGAUGCUUCGAAAACUCCGCAACCGGAUCUUGUAUCUACCCAAGCAACGUCACUCCAAAAUGUCGUUCCUUCGGAAGACUCCUUCAAUAGAUCGAUAGGAAAACCGUCAAGCGAUGGGUUGGUCACAGGUCCAUCAUCUCUGCCUCAGCUGGGUGGGCAAAUUGGUAUCAGUCGUCCACCUAACAAAUCGACUGAAGCAGCAAACCCGGUUCAUCCUCCGAGCUCAAACAAUGUACAUGCUGCGGAAGAUAUCAUUCCCCAAUUCUCCUCAAGCAACAUCCGACGGAGGAGCUUUUCUUCUGAAGUUGCUGAUUUCAGCCCAUCCAAACGUCAGCGAGUAGAGUCUCACGAAGUAAAUGAGCGGAGCACGAGCCCGCCAGAAGCUUCUAUGCCCCUUCGUGGUCGAGAUGAAGAUGAAAUACCAAUUGUCCAGGUCAGGAAGCGACUAUCACCAAAGGCGACAAAAUCAACGCCACCAAGAUCAGAGGAAAGAGUAGAAGCCCCAUCAGAGCAAGAUGAACUUGUGCCAUAUGAGGCACCAAUGACUUUAGAAGGCGAUCAAGACUCAAGCCAGCCUACUGCUACUGGAAUAUUUCAACCGGCUGUCGCGCCUGUGCUCACGACCACGGCGAAUGGUCCGAAGCCUCGAGCCAAGGGGGCUCGACGGAACCAGUGGCAGGUCACGACGCAAGCUGAUCUUGCUCCAACAGGCUCACGAGAAGAGACCGAAGUAGUUGAACACCUUGAGGAAAUGGGCGAUGCCGAGACUGAUCCAAUUACAGUCGUCGGACCUAAAGCCCGCAAGGUAAGGAAGGACAAGGGCAUAAAGAAAGGAUCAAUGAGGCGUUCUCAACGCAGCGAGGAAGCCUAUGACGAUGGGUCCAUCGUUGCGACGGGUGCACAAGUAUCAAGUGCUCAACCUACCGUGGAGCAAGAGGAAGCACUUGUGUUAGCAGCUACAAAAGGAAGAGCCAUCGCUCCUCAGCCACCUCCUGCUUCUGUUGUCUCUGCGGACUUGCCAGCUGGGCCCGAUCCGCUACACGAGCCUUCACCUGAAGAUGAUGUUGCAGAACCAACUUCAACUUCAGCUCGAUUGCGGAACGUCCAAAAAAGACGUGCAAAACAAAAGGCAGUCGAGGCUGCGAAAUCGCGUGCUUCAGCAGCACAGACUGCAGCCGCAAUAGACGCUGCUGUAGCACAAAGUAUUGAGGGCAUAUCCUCGCCAUUCCCGCCAAGCACAUCAAAUCCAGUGUUCAGAGUUCAAUCUCAGGAAGCUAGUUCACGCUCUCGACGAUCCACGUCUGCUAUUACGGAUGCUUCGGAUGUUACUCAGGCCACGGAAGGUGGACCACGCCAACGCAAGCGAUACCGUCGACAAGCCACACCUCCGGGUAACGAAACCGUCUUCAUUGCUGACAAAGUUACACCCAUGAUCAGCUUAGUCGGCCGCGAUACCGAGAACCGAGUUGGUAUGCGAAGUACCAUGGAGAUGAAAAUGCGUGACAUAGACUGGAAGGAUAUCAAGAGACGUCAUGCUGAACAAUUCAGGCAAGCCGCUGUGCUAAAGGGCAAAAGAAGGACAAACGACUUCGACGUCAUCUUUGGCCGCCAAGAAACCCCGCCUGAGUCAAGAUCUACUCCGGCUGGAGAUGGUGAGGGUGGCGAUGAUGAUGACGACGACGACGACGGAAGUAUUCUCGAGAAACGAAUUCUUGCCCGAGAGAAGAGAUUUGGGAAAUCUACGGGCAUGCGAAUAACUAUAGUAAACGGCGAGCACCGUAUGGAUGACAGUCAAAAUCAAGGACAACGGGACUCUGAGCAUGUUGACGACCAGGUUGCUGAGGCUGAUGAGAUAGAUAUUGAUGAGCUCACCAAGCGCCGGUUUAAUGUGCAUACGUUUAUUACCUGGAAGCGCCGUGACCCUGAAGAGCGUGUGUACCAAUCCAGCCGUUGGAGUGAAGAGGAAACUGAGAAAUUCUAUGAGGCAUUGAGAUGUUGCGGUGUUGAUUUUGGAAGCAUGGCGGAGUGGUUUCCGGGUCGCAUCCGACGGAGCAUAAAGCGAAAAUUCAACGUUGAGGAGCGUAUUAAUCCCGAACGUAUCAAUCAGACACUGAACGAACAUAUGAUGCUUGUCACGGGCAAGGAACUUGGAGAUGAUGGAACAGGCUGGGAUUUGGCCCAGUUUCACGCUAAUGGUGCUGGAAGACAUUUGAAGGAUCCGCGCGAGGUGGAGAUGCAGCUCGCAAAGGAACGAGCAGAGAAGGAGAUUGAGAUUGCAAAGGCAAAGAAGGAAUACGAGGCUGAGAAGGCCAAUCAAAAGCUUGCAGGGAUGCAAUCUGAAAACUAUGAGGAAGAGGAUGAGGAAGAAGAUGGCAGUGUCGAAGCUGGAGUGGAUGAUGACAUAGAAGGUGAUGGCGAAGGCGAAGAAAAUGACGACGGAAAUGAGUAUGGAAAGGAGGAGGAGGAGGAGGAGGAGGAGACUAUUGGUGACGUGAUCGAGGAUCUCAAAUCAACGCGCAUGGAAGGAAAGCGUAAGGACAGAGCGGCCGCGGAAAGGGCUAGCACAGAGGAAGAUAAUGAUGAGGAAGAGAGCGAAGAAUAUAACGAAGCCGAUGAGCGAGACGUCGUGCCAACGGUGGAACUCGACGAGGACGACGAAGAAGUGUACUACGAAGAAGAGGACGAAGCGCCGCCUGAAUGGGAUGACGAGUAAGCGCUUUCACUUGGCCUCGGUCAGCAGUGCGAAGUAUAGCAGAAAACAUCGAGAGCUAUUCUCAAGGGAAACAGAGUGGUCGAGGAUUCUUUUACGUGAUCUGCGUGCUCUUUAUUACGAAUGCAUGAGCUAUCUUUCCG